AUGACCGCCUCCAAGGUCCUCCUCUCUUUCCUCCUCCUCGCCCUCUCAUUCUUCUCUCUCUCCUCCGCCCUCCACACCCAAACCCUCAUCAACGCCGCCGAAAUCCUCUCAGAUUCUGGCUACACCUCCAUGUCCCUGACGCUCGACCUCGCCUCCCGCACCCUCCUCAGUUCCCGCUCUCCUUCCCUCACCAUCUUUGCCCCCAACGACGCCUCCUUCUCUCUUUCAGGCCAGCCGCCGCUGAUCCUCCUCCAAUACCACCUCCUACCCCUCCAUUUCUCUCUCCGAUCGCUAAAGUCCCUCCCUUUUGGCGCCAAGAUAGCAACUUUACUCUCCGACCGCACUCUCACCGUCACCACUCUGCCGUCCGAUCACCGCUUCUCGCUCAACAACGUCACCGUCACUGCUUCCCCAAUUUUCGAUGAUGGGUCCCUGAUAAUUUUCGGAAUUGACAGGUUCUUGGAUCCGUAUUUUCAGAUUUCCGGUCCGAUUCAGAGCUACACCCCCAAGAAUCUCGGUUGCUUGGCCCCCAAGGAAAACCCAGAUCAGACGAUGGAUCUCAGAGACGGCUACGUCCCCUUCAACGACGCCUCCGCCACCCUGAGAUCCAAAGGGUGCUCUGUCAUGGCGUCGUUUCUUGAACUGCAGUUUCAUGGUUCUUUCUUCAAGUUCCAGACGAUGCUGACUGUGUUUGCUCCGUUUGACCAAGUUCUGAUGAACCGGGUCGGGAACCUGACCGAGUACUCCUCCAUCUUCCACCGCCACGUGGUGCCCUGCCGGCUUUCUUGGAGUGAUUUGGACAGCUUGAAUGAUGGGACGGUUCUGAGGACUAAUCUGGUGGGGUUUUCGAUGAAUAUCACCCGCUCCGAUGACGUCUUGAAGCUCAACGGCGUGUCGGUUAUCUUGCCGGAAGUUUACCACAAUGGGUGGCUUAUGGUGCACGGAAUAAGUGAAGUUCUUGAGGUGCCAGAGAGAACUGAGGAAACAGAUCGACCGGAACAAGUGACUGUGGCUUCACCUGAAUUUGGUAACAGCUCCCCUGCGAAUGAGAAUACGAUUGGUCACAGCCAUUUUUUUACUUACAGGCAUCCAUAA